CCCACGGAUGAGUCUACGCUAAUUCCAGCGCAACCAACUCGAACGACACAAUGUCAAUGUCACAAGUCAUCAGAAGCAUGUCCAUUUGGGACUCGCCAUUCUGGCGUUUAGCCAGUCGGGCAGUCCCUGUGCUCUGCGCAGCUCUGUUCAUUGCGUUGUUGGUGGAUUAUCUCCGCAUUCUGCGUUUCAGGCAACGACUGCCUCCUGGACCUUUCCCACUGCCAAUCAUUGGAAAUCAUCUUACGAUACCAUUGCCAAAGCCUUGGAUAGCUUUUGAGAAAUGGAGCCAAUAUUACAACAGCCCCCUUAUAACUAUAUGGCUCGGCAGAGAUCCGAAGAUCAUUGUCAACGACGCAUGGGCAGCAUGCGAAUUGAUGGAAAAACGAGCCGAUAUCUAUUCCUCUCGUCCGCGAAUGAUCAUCAAUGGCGACCUGCUCGGUACAUCCAAAAACAAUCAGACCAAUCUACCUUAUGGAGACCGCUGGAGGCUUCAUCGAAGAAUUAUGCAUACUGCUGUGGGAUCACAGGCUGUAGUACACUACCGAGAUUUUCAGUCGGCCGAAGCCAAGGUGCUUCUCAGAGAUCUUAUGGAAACUGCAGACGACUACGUCAUGUCAAUUGAAAGGUAUUCUAUUUCGGUCGUCUCUAUCGUUGGCUGGGGUCGCAGGAUUUCUAGGAAGAACGACCCCGUUGCACAAACAUCACUUGCCGCAAUGGAAGCCAUUGACUGGGUUGUUCCCGGUGUCUCCUGGGUUGAGUCUAUUCCAGAGCUGGCACACUUACCAGCUUGGGUCUAUCCGUUCCCCAAUAUGGUCCGAUCAGCAGGGGUAAUGUUUAUGAAGUACUUCUAUGCGCUGUCCCGGGAAGGGGCUCAGGCACAAGAGGAGAGUUUUGCGAAACGCCUACUGCGCGAACAAGGAGAGCACGGCCUUAGCAACGACGAAGUGGCCAGUCUGACAGCUAAUCUUAUUGGCGGCGGGGUCGACACUACAAGCAGCACCAUGAUAUCUGCGAUACUUGCAUUCUGUGUCUUUCCUCACGUCCAGUUGAGAGCGCAAAGUGAGAUUGACGAUGUUGUCGGAAAAGAUCGUAUGCCAAACUGGCAAGAUGAGAAGUCACUGCCUUAUAUCACAGCAAUCGUGAAAGAAGCCCUGCGGUGGCGCACAGUGACGGUUUUAGCCGGUAUUCCUCACGCUCCUACUCGUGAUGACGAAUAUGAAGGCUUCCGUAUUCCAGCUGGCACAAACAUCACGGCAAAUAUAUGGGCAAUCCACCGAAAUCCACGCGACUUUCCCGAUCCUGACGAAUUCCGACCAGAGCGAUACUUGAAUGGCCUUGAAAAACCGUAUCCUAACACAAGGGGUCACAAUGCUUUCGGGUUUGGCCGUCGGCAGUGUAGUGGACAACCCCUGGCAGAGCAAGGUCUUGCAAUGUCGCUGGCACGACUACUAUGGGCAUUCGACAUCAAGCCAGGUCUAGAUGCAGAGGGCCGCGAAGUGAAAUUGGACAUUUUUGACUAUACGAACGGGGAAAACAUAAGACCACAGCCUUUCAAGGUCAGGUUUGUCCCUAGGUUUGCUGGUGUGCGUAACAUCAUCCUGCAAGAAGCAGAACAAGCGUUGAGUUUCCUCUCAAAGUACGAGGGAGAAACAAAGGUUACAAUGCAGGCUCUUUAG